AUGAUAGUAGAUUAUGAAAAGGACCCUAGGGCUAAAGAGGCUAUUGCUAUUUGGGAAAAAGGUGUACUGAAAGAGAAGGAUGGGUCAAUGUCAGAUGCUAUAAACUUCUAUCGAAGUGCAUUGAAAAUCCAUGAUAAUGUGGAAUCACUGUACAGAAAAAAAAUACUUGAUGAGUGGAUGCUGCACAAAAAACUAUCGGGAUUAUCAAUGACUACUGAUGCUCCAGAUGAACAAAAUGAAACCGGUAAAGAUGACUUAUCUGUUGAAGAAAAUGCUGAACUUCAACCCUGCUGGAUUCUGGAAAUCUUGCCUGACGACAUUUUACUGAGAAUUAUUAAAAAAGUUAUAUUAAUGUCUGGUGAAUCUUGGGUGAAUUUGUCGAUGACUUGUUCCACCUUUAGCAAGCUUUGCUUCCACGAUUCUGUGCCAUUUAAAACUUUCGCGAAGUACAUAUAUUCUAAGCAAAUAUACGACAAAAUGGCAAUGGAUCUUAACGGAAUCACCGAUAUAAAUACCUUUGAAAAGGAAAUAUGGCGGGGUGAUGAUUAUCGUAUGUUAAGGGAAAGGCCAUAUAUUAAAUUCGAAGGUGUUUACAUCAGUGUAGUAAAUUAUGUAAGAUACGGUUCCAAUGCAGAAAGUUCGUUAUCUCUUUUAAAGCCAGUUCACAUGAUCACCUAUUACAGGUAUUUCAGAUUUUAUGAGAACGGCCAAUGUUUGAGAUUACUUUCUACAGAUGAACCUAGCGCUGUCGUGAAGCACUUCUCCAAAGAGAACAAACCCAGGCAUAGUCAUAUGUGUUAUUGGAGCCUCGGAUUUGAUUAUGAUUUUGGUCAUUUAAAGAUAACAAGGUCAGAUGAAAAGUAUACGUUUAUCGAAGAAUUCCAAAUCAAGAAUCAAGGCAAUAAGAGAUAUCAACGGUUGAAAUGGCUAAGUUCAAUUGUAGUGGAUAAGGAAGGGAAUGCAUCUAACUGUUCGUUGAGAAAUGAGAAAUCUUUUUUCUUCUCCAGAGUGAAAUCUUUCAAGGAUCCUGGAUGA